AUGGAGCCAAGUACAGGGACUGGAGAACGCAAUGUUGUGUUCAACUGUAAGUUCAGAACACAAAAGAAAAGACUUGAGCUCCCUUUUCACAAGCUGAUCGAUAAGAAGAAGGUGAUUGAAAAAGUUGACAGGGAGAGGAUCAAUAUGAUAGACAUUGCACUUGUGCGUGUUGCAAAGAACCAAAAAAUUAUCGAUCAUAAGGAUCUGAUUAGGGACUGUGUUGAGCAAGUACAGAAUUUCAAGCCCGAUAUCACAGUGAUUGAGAGACAGAUUAGUAGUCUGGUUUGUCGUGACUACCUAGAGAAACAGAAGCCUAAGGGAGCACCUGAAGCGCUUUACAUUUAUCUCCCCUGA